GACUGGCAGCAGUGGGAAGAGCUCAAAAGAGGAAGAUGGUGGAGCUUUCGCAGGGGGCUUUUGUGGAGGGCUACCUUCUUGCACACUGAUAGAGACAGAAAGGUUUCAUGUUGCUGUUAGUCAGCAGAUGGAAAUGUCUUACUAAAGAAUUGGUAGCUGGAAGCUUUAUAAAGGGGAAAGAAUUCUUACAGGAUUGCUAAUUGAGGAAGGUAAUUCAGGCUACCCACUUGAACCACAUGGCUGAUGAAAUCAGUCUGUAACCCUAGUGGAACUGCUGAGGAACAGCUGUCUCAGACCAGGAUUGUCAUUGAGUAUCAAAUCUUCAGUUACAAUUGGUUGAUUCUUGGAUAAAUAUGGAAUAAGUGGGCCAAGAAAUCCUCACGCCAGAAUAUCCAAGUAACCCAUCCAGGAAAGAUGUGUUCUGCUGUGGGAAAGCUGUUUUUUUCCAAUAACCCAUACUUGUGAAAAAGGAAGAGUCCAAUUUCAGAAGAAUAUCAGGAAUAUCAGGAAAAGAAGUUGACUUUAAUAAAAGGUUCUUGGUUGUCUACACUGUUUCCUGCUUUCGUUUUUGCCAAAGUACACCUCAGUAACUACGAUAUGGUGAUGCACAUCUCUGUCAGAUGGUAAAGACACCGUGUCUCUAUCAGUUUCAUAGACAGGUGAAAUGGCAGUUUAAUUGAAAACUUGCAUACUGUUUCUUUCAGUGCAGAGCUCCAAACGACAGAAUGCCAGGGCUGUAGAUUGCCAAAACUCGAGAGCCUGCAAUGAGCCACUUGGAGGGAGUCGUGGAGGCAGAGGUGGAUGACGAGCCUGGCAAUGGUGAGGUGAAUGAAUCUGUGGAGGCUGAUUUAGAGCACUCGGAGGUUGAAGAAGAGCAGCACGCAGCUUGCUAUGACAGAUGUGUCAAUGGGGAGCCAGAGAGCCAGACUAGUCAGGAAGAGGAGGGCACACUAGCGAGGUCAGCCAGUACAGAGAGUGGCUUCCACAAUCACACGGACACUGCUGAGGGGGAUGUUAUAAGUGCUGCACAGGAAGGGUAUGAGGCAGAUGAUCGACUUCAGGAGAAUGAGGAUGAAAAUGCCUAUGCUGUACAGUACAGACCAGAAGCAGAGGAAUAUACAGAGAAUGCAGAGGCAGAGCACGUAGAAGCUUCCCAUAACAGAACUGUAGAAAACCAUUUACACUUCCGACCGGUGGAUCAUGAGGAAGGUAUUAAUCCAGGCUAUGCAGGAUAUGUUUACACACAUAGAAUCUUCCACCGAGGAGAAGAUGAACAGUAUGCAGAACCGUAUGCAGAAUAUGGUUUGCAGGAGCAUGUGUAUGAAGAAAUUGGGGACGCAUCUGAAAUUGACCUCAGGGAGGGUCUCAGGCUAUAUGAGCAGGAGAGGGAAGAAGCUGACAAUUAUCGUAAAGAGGCACUUGGGGAGCGUCUGCAUCAUUAUGAUGAACGCUCUGAUGGUGAAUCUGACAGCCCUGAAAAAGAAGCAGAGUUUGCACCGUAUCCUAGAAUGGACAGCUAUGAUCAGGAAGAAGAUAUCGACCAAAUUGUUGCUGAAGUAAAGCAGAGUAUGAGCUCCCAGAGCCUUAGUAAGGUUGGUGAGGACAUGCCUGAGGCAGAACAGAACGCGGAGCAAAUCAUGCCUGCUAAUGGAGAGCUUGAGAACAAUGGAAAACUGCCUGCUGGUUCCCGGUCUACAGAGCCAGUAAUAAGGUACAGCAAGGAAAAAAGGGAUGCCAUUUCUCUUGCAAUCAAGGAUAUUAAAGAAGCAAUUGAGGAGGUGAAGACCCGGACUGUCCGCUCUCCAUAUACACCUGAUGAACCUAAAGAACCAAUCUGGGUAAUGAGGCAGGAUAUCAGCCCUACCAGAGAUUGUGAUGGUCAAAGGCCACUGGGCAGCGAUGGCUACUGGAACAGCAGUGAAGCUGAAAAUCACCAUGCUGAAGACUCUAAUGUGCCACUCCUGAGGAGAUCUGAGUCCCCGUCUUCUGACUGUAGUUCACCAAAGGGAGCAGAGUCAUCUUCAAGGCAAUAUCAGCAGGAUGGAAGUGAAGCAGCGGAAACGUCGUCCAGCAAAGAGUCAAGAAAAAGCUUGGCUUCAUUCCCAACAUAUGUUGAAGUUCCUGGACCAUGUGACCCAGAAGACCUCAUUGAUGGCAUUAUCUUUGCAGCAAAUUACCUUGGCUCCACCCAGCUGCUGUCAGACAAAACCCCAUCCAAGAAUGUGCGCAUGAUGCAGGCCCAGGAGGCUGUCAGCAGAAUUAAGAUGGCCCAGAAAUUAGCCAAAAACAGGAAGAAGGCUCCGGAAGGAGAAGCUCAGCCUAUGACAGAGGUUGAUCUCUUUAUUUCUACUCAGAGAAUAAAAGUGCUCAACGCUGACACACAGGAAACAGUGAUGGACCACCCUUUGCGAACUAUUUCCUAUAUUGCUGAUAUUGGGAAUAUCGUAGUACUAAUGGCCCGUAGGCGUAUGCCACGCUCCAACUCUCAGGACAGUGUGGAAGCCUCUCACCCCUCCCAGGAUGGCAAGAGACAGUAUAAGAUGAUCUGCCAUGUCUUCGAGUCCGAAGAUGCACAGUUGAUUGCCCAGUCUAUUGGGCAGGCUUUCAGUGUUGCCUACCAGGAGUUUCUAAGAGCCAAUGGGAUCAAUCCUGAAGAUCUGAGCCAAAAGGAGUACAGUGACCUGCUAAAUACACAAGACAUGUACAACGAUGACCUCAUCCACUUUUCCAAAUCGGAAAACUGCAAAGAUGUUUACAUUGAAAAACAAAAAGGUGAUAUUCUAGGUGUGGUUAUUGUGGAGUCUGGCUGGGGAUCCAUCCUCCCUACUGUGAUUAUUGCCAACAUGAUGCACGGAGGACCCGCCGAGAAGUCUGGAAAACUCAGUAUUGGUGACCAGAUCAUGUCAAUUAAUGGAACCAGCCUUGUGGGACUGCCACUCUCCACCUGUCAGAGCAUUAUAAAGGGGUUAAAGAAUCAAGCACGUGUGAAGCUGAAUAUCGUCAGAUGUCCUCCAGUGACCACAGUUCUAAUAAGAAGACCUGACCUCAGAUAUCAGCUCGGUUUUAGUGUACAGAACGGCAUUAUCUGCAGCCUCAUGAGAGGUGGAAUCGCAGAACGUGGCGGAGUGAGGGUUGGCCAUCGGAUCAUUGAAAUCAAUGCACAGAGCGUAGUUGCCACACCCCAUGAGAAGAUCGUUCACAUUCUCUCUAAUGCUGUAGGAGAGAUUCAUAUGAAGACCAUGCCAGCAGCUAUGUACAGGCUGCUAACAGCUCAGGAACAGCCUGUCUACAUCUGAGGCGAGAAGAUAAUCCCUUAUACAGUGUGCAUGGAGGGCUUGCCUCUUCAUCUGUGGUUGUGUUCAUAGUGAUGCAUUUUCAUGUCUGUCAGAUCUCCCUUGAGGUGUGUUGUGCAUAACAUUUUCAUUCGACUUCUUAUGUCUCUCACAAGUAAAGCAUUGCAUAAUCAGACACAUGGUCAGGGGGUGCAGGAUGAGGAGAAAGGAGAAUCACCCACAGAGUUACUUACUUUUGUCCUAUAUAUUAUGGUGUCCCAUCCAGCAUUGGUUCUGUGCCUUACACCUGUUGCUUGCUGGGAUACGCUGUGGCUUCCCAUGAUCCUGAAUAGAAUAAAAUGGGUAGUAGAAAUUGAA